GAGAGAAGGGGGAAGAGAGAGAAGGAAAGAGAGAGAAGGAAAGAGAAGAGCUUAUAUAACCCUGAAGACUCUCCCUCUCUCUCUCUUGGGUUUUUCUUUUAGCAGCGGAAGACUGUCUCCUUACAUUUCUUUCGACAUGAUCUCGUUGAGUGGAAGCAGUUUUACGACCAGCUCGGGCCUUUCGGGCUCGUGUAAUCCCUUUUCUCGAAGGCAGGGAAGAACCCAUUCAGCUUCGGUGAAAGUCGUGGCUUUGAACUCCAAUAGGGAAAGAAACGGCAGCGUUGUGAUGGAGACCUCACUGCAGGAGAUGAGGGACGGUUCUACCGUGGUUGACGUGGACCCCAAAUCCACUGUGUCUGGUGGGGUCCAGGACGUCUAUGGUGAAGACAAUGCCACCGAGGACAAGUUAGUCACCCCGUGGUCCAUCUCUGUCGCUAGUGGUUACUCUUUGCUGCGAGAUCCACACCACAAUAAAGGACUUGCCUUUGCCCAGAAGGAGAGAGAUUCUCACUUCUUGCGUGGUCUUCUUCCCCCAGUAGUCAUUUCUCAGGACCUGCAGGUCAAAAAAAUGAUGCACAAUAUCCGCCAGUAUGAAGUUCCACUGCAAAAAUACAUGGCUAUGAUGGAUCUUCAGGAAAUGAAUGAAAAGCUGUUCUACAAACUUCUCAUUGACAACGUUGAGGAGUUGCUUCCUGUUGUUUAUACUCCGACUGUUGGUGAAGCUUGCCAGAAAUAUGGAAGCAUCUUUAGGCGCCCUCAGGGUCUUUUUAUCAGUUUAAAUGAAAAGGGUAAGAUUCUUGAGGUAUUGAGGAACUGGCCAGAAAAGAAUAUUCAAGUCAUUGUUGUCACUGACGGAGAGCGGAUUUUAGGUCUCGGGGAUCUUGGCUGUCAGGGGAUGGGGAUACCUGUUGGGAAACUUUCUCUUUAUACAGCACUAGGAGGAGUUCGUCCUUCAGCAUGCUUGCCCAUAACCAUUGAUGUGGGAACAAACAACGAAAAGCUGUUGGAAGACGAAUUCUACAUAGGGCUCAGGCAAAGGAGGGCCACUGGACAGGAAUAUGCUGAACUUCUGCACGAGUUCAUGACUGCAGUGAAGCAGCUUUAUGGGGAGAAAGUCCUUAUCCAGUUUGAAGACUUUGCAAACCACAAUGCUUUUGAUCUACUGGCAAAAUAUGGUACAACUCAUCUUGUCUUCAAUGAUGAUAUUCAGGGCACUGCAUCUGUGGUCCUUGCAGGGCUUUUUGCAGCACUAAAACUAGUUGGAGGGACCUUAGCUGAUCACAGAUUCUUAUUCCUUGGUGCUGGAGAAGCUGGCACUGGAAUUGCGGAACUUAUAGCCCUUGAGAUGUCUAAACAGACAAAUAUGCCUCUAGAAGAAACUCGGAAGAAUAUUUGGCUCGUAGACUCAAAGGUAAAAGAAAAGCUUGGUCCUCCUCAUUACUUUUGUUCGCCAACUCCCCUUUCUACUUUGCAAGUGUUCAUGCUUGAAUGUAUUUUUUUUUUGCAGGGAUUGAUCGUUAAAUCACGCAUGGAAUCACUUCAACACUUCAAGAAACCCUGGGCACAUGAACACGAACCUGUGAAGACACUUCUGGAUGCUGUUAAUGAUAUCAAGCCAACAGUGUUAAUUGGAACAUCCGGCGUUGGAAGAACAUUCACUAAAGAAGUAGUUGAGGCUAUGGCUUCCUUCAAUGAGAAACCCAUUAUCCUAUCACUUUCCAACCCAACUUCACAGUCUGAAUGUACUGCUGAAGAAGCAUAUACAUGGAGUCAGGGUCGUGCCAUAUUUGCUACUGGGAGCCCCUUUGCGCCUGUUGAAUAUGACGGGAAGGUUUUUGUACCUGGCCAGGCAAAUAACGCUUACAUUUUCCCUGGGAUUGGUCUGGGUCUGAUUAUGUCUGGUACUAUUCGUGUUCACGACGACAUGCUUCUGGCAGCAUCGGAAGCUUUGGCAGCACAGGUGACAGAGGAGAACUUAGAAAAAGGUCUCAUUUUCCCACCAUUUACGAACAUCAGGAAGAUUUCAGCGCAUAUUGCCGCCAAAGUAGCUGCCAAAGCUUACGAACUUGGCUUGGCUACGCGCCUCCCUCAACCGAAAGAUCUGGUGAAGCAUGCAGAAAGCUGCAUGUACAGCCCUUCCUAUAGAAGCUAUAGAUGAAUGGGUUAUAUACAAUUAGUAUUGUAGCUUUGAAAAUUGAUACUGGUUUCCCUUUUUUUUUUACCUCAUGAAUGAUUUUUUUCCCUUUUUUUUCCCAUUUUUUCUUCUUGCUUUCUUUUAUCUUUCCUGCAAGUUAUUUGGGUGGGUGAGAAGAAAGCAUGGUGGGUGUUACGAGUUGAGUCAGUUGACCUAUUGAAGUCAAAAUGUAGCAAGGAAAUGGUUGUUGUUGGCUUGAAACUUUACAUGAAAUAAAAUUUUUAAAAAUUUUGAGCA